AGACAACUUUUUCAACCAUUAUUCGGAAUGAUGCUGAAAAAAGCAUUCCUUUUAACAGUCAAUCAAUGGAAUUAGAAAGACACAUCGAUACCCAUCAAUGUAAUAUCUGCAGGAAAAAUUUUAACAAAUCCGAUACCUUACAGAUACACAUGAGGAGAGUACAUAUAGAUUUUAAACCUUAUAAAUGUGGAAUGUGCCAGAAAGCUUUUUGUGAAAAAGGAGGUUUGAAUAGACACCUUGAGACACAUACAGACGAUAAACAGAAUAAGUGUAAUGUUUGUGGGAAUGUAUUUCACAAUACAGGAGACUUGUGCAAACAUAUAGAUAUGCAUGACUGUGAUAAACCUUAUAAAUGUGAUAUGUGUGGAAUGUCUUUAUCAGGAAAAUUACAGAGACACAUGAAGAUUCAUACCGACGAGAAACAUUUUAAAUGUGAUAUUUGUCAGAGAAGGUUCAGAGAAAAAUCAGAUUUAAAGGUACAUUUAAGAACACAUACAGAUGAAAACACACGUAAUUAUAAAACUUAUGAGUGUGGUGUGUGUGGUAGGUUUGUAAUAGGCCACCUACAGAGACAUAUGAAGGCACAUACCGGUGAAAAAUCUUCUAAAAGUGAUGUAUGUCAGAAAUUGUUGAAAGAAAAAUCAGCUUCAAAUCGACAAAUGAUCAGACACACAGGUGAAAACCCACAUAAAAACCGUGUUUCUGAUCAAUUUCCUGCUCAAACUUCUGAUGUUUCAAAACACCCAAUGAUACUUAGAGGUGUCAGAAGUUUCAAGUAUAAUGACACAUGCAUAAAGUCGGGCACCCUAGGGAAACCAAACAGAAGAUUUCUUGGAGAAGCACCAGAUAAGAAUGACAUGCAUGGAAAUGUAAAUCUUAAGUCAAGGUAUGAACUGAGACAUAAGAAAAAGGACACGGGGGAAAAACCUCAUGCAUGUGAUAAGGGUGAAAAACCAUUAGUUGAAAAUGAACACCAAAUGACACAAGAUUGUAAAACACAUUCUGACGGCUGUUUGAAACAAUCAAAGAGGCGCAUGGAUAAUAACCCUGCUGAAUGUGGGAAGGCAUUCAACUCAUCAGGAGGGUUUAAUAUACAAAUAAAGAAAAAGGCUGGAUACAAACCUUGUAAAAGUAAUGCUUGUGGUAAGACUCCAACACAAUCAAAAAACUCACAAGGAAACAUAAGGGUACAUAGAGAAACGGAAGAUGCAUAUAAAUUGUGUCAAUCUGAUAGGUGUGGAAAAGCAUCCAGUGACUUGGGUUCAGUAAAGACGCUCAUUAGAACAAAGAAAGGUGAUAACCUUCAUCAAAGUAAAGUUUGUGGAGAGCUAUUCCAGCAGAGACACAAAGUAGCACAUACAUAUACUGUUGAAAAACCUGAGGAAUGUGAUGUGUGUGGAAAAACAUUUAACCAUUCACGUAAUUUGCGGAGACACAAGGGAACACAUACAGGUCAGACAACUUUAAUUUGUGAUAUUUGUGGGAAAGUAUUCUAUCGAUCGGAUUACUUGCAGGCACACAUAAGGACACAUACUGGUGAAAAACCUUGUAAGUGUGAUGUAUGUGGAAAGACUUUUAUCGACUGCCGUUAUUUAAAGCAACACAUGUUGAUACAUACAGGUGGUAAACCUUAUAAAUGUGAUGUAUGUGGGAAGACAUUCAACCGAAAAUUUAGCCUACAGACACAUACGAGGACUCACACAGGUGAUAAACCAUAUAAAUGUGAUGUUUGUGGAAAGGCUUUCAAACAGUCAGGUACCUUACAGAGACACAUAAGGACACAUACAGGUGAUCAACCUUAUAAAUGUUAUGUAUGUGGGAAGGCAUUCAAACAGUCAGGUACCUUACAGAGACACGUGACGACACAUACAGGUGAUAAACCUUAUAAAUGUGAUGUUUGUGGAAAGGCUUUCAACCAUUCAAGUUAUUUAAAGAAACACACGAGGAUACAUAAAGGUGACAAACCGUACACACAAUCAAAAGACUUAAAUACAUGCCAUGUGUGUGGAAAGACAUGUAAGAGAUCAAGUAACUUACAGACACACAUGAGGGUACAUAUCAGUGAAGGUGACCUGAGUGGGAAGACAUUUCAGCAGUCCAGAAAUGUUCCGAGACACAGAAUAAUACAUACUGGUGUUAAACCUUAUGAAUGUGAUGUGUGUGGAAAAACAUUUACCCAUUCAGGUAAUUUGCAGAGACACAAGUGGACACAUACAGGUCAGACAGCCUUUAUAUGUGAUGUUUGUGGGAAAACAUUCUAUCGAUCGGAUUACUUGCAGACACACAUGAGGACACAUACUGGUGAAAAACCUUUUGAAUGCGAUGUAUGUGGGAAAGCUUUUACCAACUGCCGUUAUUUAAAGCAACACAUGAUGAUACAUACAGGUGGUAAAGCUUAUAAAUGUGAUGUAUGUGGAAAGGCAUUCAACCGAAAAUUUAACUUACAGUCACACAUGAGGAUACACACAGGUGAAAAACCAUUUAAAUGUGAUGUUUGUGGAAAAGCUUUCAGCCAGUCAAGUGAAUUAAAGGAACACAUAAGGACACAUACAGGUGAAAAACCUUAUAUUUGUGAUGUUUGUGAAAAGGCAUUCAACCGCUCAAGUCACUUACAGAGACACAUGAGGAUACACACAAAAGAUAUACCUUAUAAAUGUCAUGUUUGCGGAAUUGCAUUCAAACAGUCAAAAGACUUAAAGAAACACAUGAGGACACACACAGCUAACAAACCGUAUACAUGCCCUGUGUGUGGAAAGACAUGUAAGAGAUCAAGUAACUUACAGACACACAUGAGGGUACACAGCACUGAAGGUGAUCUGAGUGGAAAGACAUUUCAGCAGUCCAGACAUAUUCAGAGACACAGAAUAAUACAUACUGGUGUUAAACCUUAUGUAUGUGAUGUGUGUGGAAAAACAUUUAACCAUUCAGGUAAUUUGCAGAGACAUAAGGCGACACAUAGAGAUACAACAGCCUUUAUAUGUGAUGUUUGUGGGAAAACAUUCAAUCGAUCUGAUUACUUGCAGACACACAUGAGGACACAUACUGGUGAAAAACCUUUUAAAUGCGAUGUAUGUGGGAAGGCUUUUACCGACUGCCGUUAUUUAAAGCAACACAUGAUGAUACAUACAGGUGGUAAAGCUUAUAAAUGUGAUGUAUGUGGAAAGGCAUUCAACCGAAAAUUUAACUUACAGUUACACAUGAGGACACACACAGGUGAAAAACCGUUUAAAUGUGAUGUUUGUGGAAAGGCGUUCAGCCAGUCAAGUGAAUUAAACGAACACAUGAGGACACAUACAGGUGAAAAACCUUAUAAAUGUGAUGUUUGUGGAAAGGCAUUCCACCGAUCAAGUCACUUACAGAGACACAUGAAGAUACACAGGGGUGAAAAACCUUAUUAAAGUGAAGUAUGCGGAAAGGCAUUGAAACAGUCAGGUGGCUUAAAGAAACACACUAGGACACAUACAGGUUACAAACCUUAUACAUGUCCUGUGUGUGGAAAAACAUGUAAGAGAUCAAGGAAUUUACAGACACACAUGAGGAUUCUCAGUAGGUGA